AUGAAUCGUUGUCCAACAACUUGUCCAACACCAAGACAUGACGAUCAUUCAGGGCAUCAAACGGGAUCUCAUAUAACUGCAGGUAGCCAUACACAACAUCAUGCAUUUCAAGCUAGUGGAUAUUGCAAUAUUGGCGACAAUAUUUAUGAGAAUAGAACACAUAGCCCAUCUAAUUUGACUUGUGGACAAAAUAUACUUCACUCAAGAAUCAAUUGUGAUGUAAAGAAUCCACCCCAAGCUUCUAAUCGUUCUUCACGUAGUGCCUCCACACCAACACGGUUACUGGUUGUUUCAACAGCAAGUCCGGUGACAAGUACAAUUACGAUGACUCCUGAUUCUUCAACUAUAGGUUUUUCAGGCAAUAAAUUUGGUUGUUCAUCAGAUGAUGGUGAAGCAUCACCUACGCCGACAUGUAGCAGCGGCUGUCCACAAACUCCAGGAAGAACAAGAAAACCUGCACCUACAUUAGCUACUGGGCGAAGAAAUCUGAAAGGCGAACUAGUUGAUCCAGAUGAAGCAGAUCGUCGAAUGAAACGACGUGAACGAAAUCGUAAAUCUGCACAAAAAUGUCGUGAACGUAAAGUUCAACGAACACAAGAAUUACAAUCACAAGUUGAAUGUUUACAAUUAGAAGCUAGUAGAUUAAUGCAAGAAUUAGAAAGUUGGCGUUCACGAGCAAAACAUUGUGUUAUAUUAUUACAACGUCAUUGUCCUGGAGUUGCUGUACCAUAUUUGUCAUGUUUAAAUGAAGUACCAGUAUGUUUAAAUAAUUUCAAAGAGCCUUUAGAUGAUUUAAAUGAUUUAUUAACAUCAGACAAGAAUAUGGAUUGUGAACUUCAACAUUAUGAAUGGAAGACAAAAGCACUUGGGAAAACGUACACUAUAAAUGAAGUAUCAGAUGAAAAUUUCAUCUCUAAUGAAUCGUCAUCAUUACUUCCUCCAGUUAAUUUGUUACAUUCCCAUAUAACACCAAAUAGAUCAAAAUCUUUAUUUGGUUUCUCUUCAAAUAAUUCUGUAAAAGACAAUGAAAGUCGCAUUUUUACACAAAAUUCUGAAUCUAACAAAGUGUCAACUCUUAAUCAAGAAGAUCAUGAUAUCUCAGAUUCUAUGUUAAUUCCAAUGUCAAGAAGUACUUCACAAGUAUCUGUACGUGGUCCAGCCUCUGGUUCAUCAUCAUCAUCAUGCUCCACUUAUGAAUUGUCAUUUCCUUCAUUGGAAAAUAACUCUCGUAGUUUAAGUGAAGCUAUUACAUUUAAAGAUUAUUCACAACCGAAUCUUAUAUCGAUUUUAGGCUCAAGAGAUAGAUCACGUCUAUUAAGUGGACAAGAUCUGUUAGAUAACGAUUCAACAAUAAUCAUGACAAAUAAAUCAAUCUCAGUCGGAAAUAGUACAGGGAAUAAUGACAGUAAUGGUGGUAAUAAUAAUAAUAAUCAACAAACAUGGGGCUUGGAAUAUCAUGAAUCAUCUGGGAAUAAAAGUAAUUCAAUGGAUUGUUCUAGUCCUUUAUCACCACUAACGACUACAUCUUCAACUAAUGUAACACUUAACCAAUUUCAAAAUAAUAGGGAAUAUCAAAUAAAAAUGGAGUCGAACUGUUAUGAUCCUCCUAGUAACAGUAGUAGUAACAAUACACAAAUGUCAAGUAAGACAUAA